AUCGCCGCUGGAGCGACAAGCGGGUCACGUCCAGCGACACACAUGCCUUCGGCGGGGGCUGCUAGGAAUCUGUAGUGAGACUUAAAACAGCGAGGAUUUUUCAAACUUCCCCGGGGCUAUCAAGGAAGAAACAAGGAGAUCCAUUUGCUUUGUUCAGCAGAUCCUCCCUCCCCUCCCACCUCCUAUCUGGAGAUCUGCUUGGACUUUACAGGAAUCCAGAACUGCAACUUCACACAGAAAAGGGAGCAGCUCUGUUGGCUGGUUUUUCUUUUUGUGUGUGCGUUUCGACAGGGAGGGCCAGGGUCCCUUCUAGCCCCUUGUCACCUCCAGGAGUGUGGCGUUUGGAGCGCUUUUAAUUCUCGGUGUAUCCGUAUUUGUGGCUGGAGGAUGGCUGGGUGCUGUCUGUCUGCGGAGGAGAAGGAAUCCCAGCGGAUUAAUGCAGAGAUCGAGAGGCAGCUCCGCAGGGAUAAGAGAGAUGCUCGCAGGGAGUUAAAGCUGCUGCUUCUGGGCACAGGAGAGAGUGGUAAGAGUACCUUUAUAAAGCAGAUGAGAAUUAUCCACGGAUCUGGUUACUCUGAUGAAGACCGAAGAGGAUUCACAAAGCUUGUGUACCAAAACAUAUUCACUGCUAUGCAGUCCAUGAUAAGGGCCAUGGAUACGCUGCGGAUACAGUACUCCUCUGAGCAGAACAUGGAAAAUGCUUUGUUGGUCCGAGAGGUGGAGGUGGACAAAGUGUGCAGUAUGGAAAGGAAACAAGUUGAAGCAAUAAAAAAGCUGUGGGAGGAUCCUGGGAUCCAGGAGUGUUAUGAUCGGAGGAGAGAGUAUCAGCUUUCAGACUCUGCCAAAUACUAUCUUAGCGACAUUGAUCGGAUUUCUGUUCCUGCAUACAUACCAACUCAGCAAGAUGUCCUGAGAGUCAGAGUGCCCACCACUGGAAUCAUUGAAUAUCCCUUUGAUUUAGAAAACAUUAUUUUCAGAAUGGUGGACGUAGGAGGGCAGAGAUCCGAAAGAAGGAAAUGGAUCCACUGCUUUGAAAAUGUGACUUCCAUUAUUUUCUUAGUGGCGUUAAGUGAAUAUGAUCAGGUGCUUGCCGAGUGUGACAACGAGAACCGAAUGGAAGAAAGCAAAGCACUUUUCAGAACCAUCAUAACAUAUCCCUGGUUCCAGAACUCCUCUGUCAUCCUUUUCUUAAACAAGAAGGAUCUUUUAGAAGAAAAAAUUAUGUUUUCCCAUUUAAUUGAUUACUUUCCUGAAUUCACUGGGCCAAAACAAGAUGCAAAAUCUGCGCGGGAAUUCAUUCUGAAACUUUACCAAGAUCAGAACCCUGACAAGGAGAAGGUCAUCUACUCACACUUCACCUGCGCCACGGACACAGAAAACAUCCGCUUUGUGUUCGCUGCUGUUAAGGACACAAUCCUGCAACUGAACCUGAGAGAGUUCAAUUUAGUUUAAACAAAACAAAAAAAAAAGAAAAGACAAUUCGGUUUGUGGAUUCCUUGGUUUUUCUGUAUUGAUUAGCUACCGCUCCAGAAUCAUUACAGAUACUGAAUGUUUCUCUCCUGGGCGUACAGUGAUAAGAUGGUAUAGAGUUUCUUUCAGAGACGCUGUGUUUUGAAUUCUUCAAAGUAUCUUUCGUAUAAUUGUAAUCAGGAAAAAAAGAGAAGUUAAUUCUCCCCUCUCAAAGUUUACUGGGUGUGUUUUGUUUUUUUAAAGUGUCAUAAGACAUAUUACGCGUAUUGGUUUUUUAAAUCGACCUUUUAUGAGGACUAUGGUUGUUUUAUCAAAUGUUUGUGGGAAAAGGAUAUUUAAGAUACUGUCAGAACUUUGUAUGAAAUACAUGCAACUAGAUCACAAUUUAUUGGAUUGUUUUUUUUUUUUAUUAUUAUUAUUAUUGAUAAUCUCUGUUGUGGUAUAGUUUUUAACCCAAGUUGCCUUGGCUAUAUUAUAGCAACACAGAUGGCCAAUGCCAUUUUUUCAUAGAAUAAAGAGUACAUUUUUAUGAUUUUUAUAGAUUGGGGUGUUUUAAUGUAAUGUUAGAAUAUGCUUUUGUCUUUUCAGUAAAAAAAAAUAAAUUAAAUAAAAAUAAUCCCAAAAGUAGGUAAUAGAGGACACUCAUAAAUAAACCUUAUCACUAAAUGUUUUUUUUUUCUAUUUUAUUAGAGGCAUAAGCAUUAAUGGUAUGGUUACUCUUUUAAAUGAAGUAACGUAAUCACUGAUUUUAAUAACUUCAAAUCAAUGUGUAAUACCAAAGACAGAGAAUAAAGUAACAUUGUAAUGAUAUUUGUAAAUAUGUAUUUCUUUAUAAAUAGAUGUAUGUAUAUAUAUUUGUAUAAGCAUAUAUACAUAUAUUUGACAUGUUUCUCUAUUCAUGUAGGGCUGUUUGAAUGGAAAUAAAUUGCAGUUCAAAUGAUAAAAUACACUAAAACAA